UUAUCAGAGAACAAGUUUGUCGCCUUCUUUACCUCCCCCCUUGAGCCGAAAAAAAGAACCAUCGUUUAUUAUUUACACAAAAUGUCAGAACAAAAAGAGACACUUGAAGUGGCCAGCUAGAGCGGCGGACAACCACCACAUCUGCCACCACCAUCUAAGGACCGGCCGUGGCGAUUUACCAAUCAUAGAGCAAAACAAUAAUUGUUUACAAAUUGUUAACACGCUUCGCAAUGAUUGUCACAACUUUUGACAUGCCACGCCCCGGCACUAGUCACCACGCCUCUUGAAGCUACCACAAAUCAUGUUUAUUUUUUGAGUUUGAUUUGCAUAUCAUUUGGUUAAAAAAAAAUCCUGGCAUAUCCCUGAAGCUCCUUGGUAGCAAGUAUAAAACUGCGAAUACUUGAACGAAGGUGAAUCAGUUGAAUUCCCAUCGAUGACCAUGUCGGUGGUCUAUCACCAGAGUCCGCCCCAAUCGCAAUUGCAGUGCCAGUGUCAAGUGUGCGGAGAUCAGAGUUCGGGCAAACAUUACGGAGUCUAUUGCUGCGAUGGUUGCUCAUGUUUCUUCAAGAGAAGUGUGCGUAAGGGCAAUCAUUAUGUCUGCAUUGCCAUCAAGGGUAAUUGCAUUGUGGACAAGGCUCGUAGAAAUUGGUGCCCAUUUUGUCGCUUCCAGCGUUGUCUGGCUGUGGGCAUGAAUAUAUCGGCUGUGCAAGAGGAACGUGGUCCAAGAUCGACAAGUCAACAAGGUGUUGAGGUCUCAAAGAUGAUGCCACGCCCCUUAUCUGCAGCAUCGCCAGCGGGCCAGGCUGUGCACUUCCAGAUUUUGGCUCAAAUUCUGGUCACUUGCCUGCGUCAGGCCAAGCAGAAUGAACAGUUCCGUUUGCUGGAAUCAUCCCAGCAGGAUGCCAUCCUUCAGGUAGUGUGGAGCGAGUGUUUCAUUCUGAGAGCAUCGCAUUGGUCAUUGGAUAUUAGUGGCAUGAUCGAUUCCUGUGGCGAUAAUCAACUGAAAAGACUUAUUUUCGAUGCUAAGCAGUUGCGGGCAGACAUUUUGGAGCUGAAUUUUCUGGAGACCUUGAUCCUCUGUCGCAAGGAGCUCGCCUUGACUCCUGAAUAUGGUAUUCUCCUGGAAGCAAACACGAAUGCUGCGCUGGUGUCGUUGGCCCGAUAUACGUUACAUCAAUCCAAUUGCUUGCGUUUUGGCCAACUCAUUCUGGGCCUAAGGCAACUCUGUUUGCGGCGAUUUGAUUGUGCUUUAUCUUAUAUGUUUCGUUCUGUGGUUAGGGAUAUAUUAAAGACACUGUGA